GGUCGUUGUUGGGAAAUGGAGUGGGCGUUGUUUCUGACCACGACCCUGUUUGGUUUGGCGUUACACCAGGGUAAAGCGAUUGCGAUUGAUUUGAAGACAUCUCAAGUGAAGUCUGGGUUUAAGUGACUUUUCAUCAACAACUUCAACAGCGAAGUCGGAGACUGGCUUCAGCGUUUUUAUGUCUGUCGUCUGCAACUUGUCUGAGGAUGGGUUUGUCGCUGGCAGAGGUCUUGUAUACCUGUGGUCAAAUUAUCUACUUAUAUUUGGAAUCCUUCUGUAAGCUGCUGUUUCCCCCUGGACGCCGUGACGUCACGGGUUGGCGCGUGCUCAUCACGGGCGGUGGUCAUGGAAUUGGCCGCGAGAUGGCGUUGGAGUUUGGGCGCCUUGGAGCAGACGUCAUUCUCUGGGACAUCAAUGUGGAGGACAUGGAGAACACUGCUGAUGUUGUUCGGGCUGUCGGCGCCAAAGUUUCCACCUACACAUGUGACGUCAGCAGCGUAGACGACAUCAAGGACGUGGCGGAGCGCCUCCGGGAAGAUGUCGGGGGUGUUGAUGUGUUGGUGAAUAACGCUGGGGUGUUGAAUGGAGGGACUAUCCUAGAGAUGACGUCAGCAGAUAUCAGAAAGACGUUUGAGGUCAACACUUUGGCUCAGUUCUGGACAGUUCGGGAGUUUCUGCCCGGGAUGAUAGAUCGCAACCGCGGCGUCAUUCUCAACAUAGCUUCAGCAUCGGCAAAGUCGGGGACGGCCUACCUCGUCGACUACAGUUCCUCCAAGGCGGCAGUUCUGGUUUUCUCUGAAGCCUUGGCGGAGGAGAUGGCGUUGCUAGGUUACAGCUGGAUACAGGUGACAGUCGUCUGCCCGGCCUUUGUGAGUACAGGAUUGUGCCGCAACCCCAAAGACAGAAUCAACCGUCUACUGAGUCCCAGGGAGACGGCGCUCGCCGCCAUUGAUGGAAUGUUGAGAGGAGAGUUUGUAGUACAUGUACCGAAGUCUCUGUGGCUGGGCCUGAAGUUCUCCGAAAUGCUUCCAGAAAGAGCUCACAUGAGAAUCAAAUCAUCCCUGAAUCUGGGUAUCGAUCCUCAGUACUCGCCCCCUGUCACUGCCAGGGUCAAGGACAAAGAAAAGUGUCAAGGAAUUAAAGAUCUGGAUCAAAUUCCUGGUGAAGAUAAUAUUCAUUGUCUUCAGUAGAGGAUGUCUCAGAACAUUAUCCCUUAUGUGAAUAAUACCUACUGGUAACCUGUAGAACACGUAUCGGGGAUGCCUUGGAUCUGCUUGUUCAAUUAUAGUGUCAAGGGCUAGUCAGUGAUGGUUACAAUAUUUGAACGGUAUUUCAGCAAGCUGGUAAGGGGGCCAAAAUGUGUGUUGUGACCCCCUUGUAGUGCAAGUGGUCUCGGCAAAUCGUAAUGCAGGACGCAUCAUGGGACUGGCAUGUUCAACGUCAUUAGUGAGUGAGCGGGUCAGUAUUGUGUGGACCGCCUCCGUGGUGUAGUGGUGAAGCGUCUGCCCGGAGAGAGGAAGGUCCGGAUAAGAAAGAAUGUUAAAAGACAAUCUUGUCGUGACUCGCCUCGCGUUGCGCAUUAAGGGGCUAAAACAAGGACAGUAUACUGUCUGAGCGGGGUAUUCAUGUUAAACUGCGGCAUGGUAUCUCUGUGGGCUAGCACUGUAAAAUCGGCAUGAGCACGUCGCUAUAUAAGUGCAAUAAUCUUGAACGCGACGUUAAACCUCAAUUCACCUCACCUCAGUUAUGUGUGUGAGGAACGACCAAAGUCAUGCAAGAGGUCAUGGUUCAGAUUGAGUUAUCAAUAACAAUUUCCAAAGCAGCACCCAUUCAAGUUUAUGCUCAAGGCCUAAAAUCACACAAUAGCAAGAUCUGCGGUUUCAAAGUUAUAGAAGCUGUACAGAUUGUAGGAUAUCAUAGUGCAGUUGGAAGAGUAGGGUCUCCAUCUGAGACUCACGAUCAGAUGUUUCUGAUGUGCCUAAGGACUGCAACUCUGCACAGCGAAUUGCGGCGCCUUUGUCGACUGGGACACCCGUGUGUCCCUCCCCCAGCUUAAUGCUGAUGGUUGUAGGAUAUCCUCGAAACUACAGACCAACUGACAUGUGUUACUUAAAAUAAAUACAUAACCCACAUACAUAUAUCACA